UAGUUGUCUCCUAGCAGCAAACGAUAGGUGGACAAAAACUUUAAUUUUCCUAUUCAGUGUGAACUGUUCGUGUUCAGUCAGCUGUCCGGGUAUUUAUAUACGUCUCCUUAAAGCCACUGAGAUCUUACGUUAAUUGUGAAGUUCUGUUUUACUGAAGUUCGUCCUUAAUUUCGUCCCUGGUGUGUUAGCUUAGCAUGCUAGCUGGAUGCAGCGAGUUCAAGGCUUCUGCGUUGGAGGAAAGAAGCUGAGAGAUGGAGGAACCGCUACACAACGUCCAGCAACUGUUGGAGAUCAAAAAGGAGGAGAAGUGGAGUCCGAGACCAGACCAGGAGGACCAGAACCCUCUGCAGAUUAAAGAGGAACAGGAGGAUAAUGAGAUCAUCAAGUUUAUAUUCCAUCCACUUCCUGUGAAAAGUGAAGAUGAUGAAAAGAAGCUCCUAGAGCUUCAUCACAACCAAACCAAGGAAAACAGAAAACUUGUUGGACCAAAACCAGAUCAAAAUGUAGAAUCUGGUACUGAAGAUACUUCUGAUUCUUCGUCAGAGACCUCAGAGACGGACAUCAGUGAUGGAAGCUGGGAGAAGAGCAGUGAAGCUCAGUCUGGUUUGGAGUCUGGAACCAAUAACACAGAUCCAGUUUGUGAGAAAGGCAGAAAGCUGCACCGCUGCUCUCAGUGUAGGAAAAUAUUUAUCCACAGAGGCAAUUUGUUAGAACACAGAAGAAUCCACACUGGAGACAAUCUUUACCACUGUUCAGUUUGUAACAAAUCUUUUCCUUCAAAAACUAAUUUAAUAGAUCACACAAAAGUUCACUCUCAGGAUAGACCUUUCAAAUGUUCCAUCUGUAAUGCAGCUUUUAAAAGGAAGAACAAUUUAAGACAACAUUUAAUAAUUCACACGGGAGAGAAACCCCACAGUUGCUCCAUUUGUAGCAAAACAUUUGCUUUUGAGGGAAACUUAAAACAACACAUGAUUAUUCACACAAAGAAAAGACCUUACAUAUGUGCUGUCUGUAGUGCAGAUUUUAAAAGUAAAAACGCAUUAGUAGGACACACAAAAAUCCACAAAGAGGAGAAGCCGUUCAGCUGUACGGUCUGCAGUCGAAGCUUCCGCCGUACGUCAUAUUUAACUGCUCACAUGAAAAGUCAUUCUGAAGAAAAACCUCACACCUGCUCUAUCUGUGAGGCAGCUUUCAAGAGGAGACGUGGUUUAAUGGAACAUAAACGAAUCCAUGGUGAGGAGAAACCUUACAUCUGCUCUGUUUGUAAGAGAGCUUUCUUGAAGAAACACACUUUAGUAGAACACACAAGAAUCCAUUCUGGAGAGAAACCUUUCAGCUGUUCGGUCUGUAAGAAGAAGUUCAAGUGGAGAAACACAUUAAAGAAACACUCAAGAUACCAUAAGUAUGAAUAACUAACAAUUAUACAAACUGUGAUCAAAUCAUCAGUAACUUUCACAAUUACUUCAAAAGGACAGUGUUAUGUAUUUUCAGACACAUUAUUUUGAAUUUCUGCUCGAUGUAUAAAAAUUUCUAAGUAAAACAAAUUUAC